AUGUCCUCCUCCCAAGACCCCAACGGCGCCAUCACGAAGUUCAAAGCAGACCUUGACGACUACGAGAAGCAACUACAGAAUGAGUUCGACAAGCUGGAUGCGCGCGCGGCCGAGAUGCUGGAUAGAUUUGAGGAGCCCAGCGAUGAAGAUACGCAGAGGAUGACAAACGUGGAGCGCGAUUUGGCAGCGAUCCGUGAGCGACACCGACAGCUAGAAAAGGUGUAUCUCGAGAAGAGUCAGAACGGAAGGCCGUGGAGACUCCGUGUGCGCUUGGACGACGAGACGACCUCCUGGACGGCGGAUUUCGGCAAUUUCUUGGUGGCCAGCCCGUUAAAACUCACCAGUGGUGGCAAUGUGGGGGUGGAGGCUGCUCGGGAGUUCAAUGCGUCCAUUUACGAGAUGAGAAAAGAGGGCCCAGAUAAGGACGGGGGAGCAGAUGGGAAGGAAAGAGGAGGGAGGAAAGAGGAGACUCCAGCAUUCGAGGCGAUACCGAGGCGAGCUGGCAAGAAGCAGAGAAAGAAUCUGCUGAAACCAGCGAAGGAGACAGAAAGCAUGAGCCACAGCAUGUUCCCAGCCAUGACCGGCAAUAUGAAAGCGCCGAGUCUCGAGGAAAUUGCUCUCGACCAAGGUGUCGAGAUUCCUGCUUCGUGGAGUGCGCCCGUCGUAUGUGAGCAGGAAGCUGCUGGGGAGACGGAGAUGGCAGAGAGUGGCAACUUCACUCUCGAGCCAUCUCCGGCUCAAGUUGACCAUCCAAACUCCCCUCAGGGGACCACCAUCGCCUCGGAGUCGUCAGAGGAUCUAUUCGUGAGCCAGCGCACACCAUGGCAGCCGCGAGAGCGCCGUGCCGUUCUAUCACCACCAUCAACGCCCAGAGAGCCUGCUGCCGCCUCUCUCGCCUCUAAUGACCCGGUCGAGAUGCACGAUCUCUUCCCAACCAACCGCGACUCCGAGGUGCCAGGGGAAGGCUGGCGCCGGAGCCCCGCGCCAACGCCGGAAUGGCGACCAGGAGAGAUGGAUCUUUCUGUGGUUCCGAACGAGGUCAUUCUGCUCCCAGAGCGCCAGCCCGCGGAUGAAAUUCCGCAGAAGAGAAACCUCGAUGAAGGGGUGGACCUUGCGCUUGGAGCGUUCGUGAGACGGAGCGGCCCCAAGGCACCGAAGAAAAAGAAGGCGAAAAAGGCCGGGAGAGGCACCAACUCGGAGGUCGAAAGGGAUGGCGAGAAGAAGAGCCCGGGCCGCGUGAAGUGGCCCGGGCAGGCACAUGUGACGAAGAAGGGCAACAAGCGUGGUUAG